UUCUGAGCUAGCCUGUUCCACUCCUCCUAAGUUAUGGACCUAAAUUGCUUUAUAUCCUGCCUCUAUUAUGUAAGCUAGCUAUGGACAUGGGUUCGAAUCCGGGACGGUGCGAUUUGGGGGCGGGGUGGCGAUUUGAUUCCUUGCUCAUGCAUUAUCUUGUGUGCAUUGCUUAUAUAUUCUUGACCUAUAACUAACUAUCAUGUCAUCUUUAGUCACCAGUGCAUUGCGGGGGCGCAGGGCGUCAUGUUUCCCUCCGGCGACCGGCAGCUGAACCGCUGACCCCUCGCCUAAUCAGGACAGCGGAAUAUCAACAUCAGCAACAAGAAGCCGCCAUCAUCUCUCAACAAAAGUCGAACGUUCUUCUUCCUCACAUUUAUUAUUUACCUCAAUUGACUUUCUAUUUUCCAAGUUUAAUCUCAUACCAAAUACCUUCACCAUGUCUGCUGCUUCCGCUGCUUGUCUCUUCUGUAGGAUCGUGAAGGGCGAGAUCCCUAGCUUCAAGCUCUAUGAGAGCGAACGAGUCCUGGCCUUUCUUGACAUAAUGCCACUGAGCAGGGGCCACGCGCUCGUCAUCCCCAAAUUCCACGGUGUCAAACUGACUGAUAUUCCCGAUCAAGACCUUGCUGAGCUUCUGCCCGUUGCCAAAAAGUUAGCAAUUGCCUCGGGCGCCGUGGAUUUCAAUAUCCUCCAGAAUAACGGAAGACCAGCCCACCAAUUUGUUGAUCAUGUUCACAUUCACAUGGUACGUUUUCCAUUUUCUUUUCAAUUCCCCUCAUCCGUCCAUUUUUAUCCAUCCUAUCAAAGAUUCUUUUAUCCCCACCCCAACCCAAGGCCGGGAGAGUUGUUUAGGUUGAAAGUCUACAAAAAAGAUGUAAAGCAACAGAAAAAAACUCUGAGUGUACCCCUGCAACAUAAUCCAAAUGCGCAAAAAAAAAAAAAAAAAAAAAAAAAAAAAAAAAAAAAAAAAAAAAAAAAAAAAUUAUACGAAAGCCACUUGUGAGAAAUCAAGGCAUACAUGCUAACAUUUUGAACCCCUCCCCCCUCCACCCCCCGGGAGGGGCCCGCCAUCGAAAAAAUUUAGAUCCCAAAACCAAACGAGAAAGAGGGGCUCACUGUUGGUUGGCCCAACGCAGAGGCAGACAAGGAGGAGCUCAAGGCGCUUUGCGAAGAGAUGAAGGCGAAGAUGUAAACUAGGAGUUAAUGAUAUUGAAUCGCUCCGAUGCAAGAAAGAGGGGAAGAGAGGGGGAGGCUGAGUGCGUUUGUUGGAAAUAAUGUGAACAAGAGGGCUAUGCGACACUUAUUUUUUUUAUUUUUUUUUAUUUUUUUUCUCCUCUUUGUGGCCCCUCUCGUUGGUAACUAUUUAGCACAGCUACAUGUGUGGAUAUAUGGAGGAAGGGAGGGAAGAGAAGAACAAAAAGGCAACGUUGAGGUGGGUUCGGGAAUUCCAUGAAAGGCGGACCGACCAGAAGAAACUUGAUGAACACCCGAUUCCACGGGGUUGCAUUGCAGUUGUUAAUAUGUCGUGACUAACAUAGGUGCUGAACGAUAUUUAGUAGAAUAAUGACUUCCUAUACUCACUUCACUAUUAUUAUUAUGUAUUACCUUUCCAUCAAAUCAAUCCCAUAUGCCCUAGCUCACCUCCCGCGCAACCAAUCCAUUCCCCGCGUUAACUCUUUU